AUGUGCACAGACUUAUCGUAUGUGCCGAGCGUGGUGGUGGUACAACUGUGCAGGACGUUUGCCUGGUGCAACCGACCCACGUUGCGUGCGCCAGGGGACAAUUGUCGGUCCAUGGAGACGGUCAGCUCCUUCGGCGGAGCUGCCGGCAUCCCCGAUACCAUGGAAGAGGACAGCUCCAUCGUCCUCAACCUCCCUUGGGUCGUGGUGGCAGCAAGCACGACUCGAUCGAGAACGUUUCCGGCCUCGGCGGAGAGAGCUGCGGUCUCCCAAGGUGCGAUCCGCGAGGUGAUCUCUCUCCUGUGCCAUGUCUUGAUUCGCCACGACACUGGUGCAGCAAAGUUGGCAACAGCGGGUCUGACUCCUGCACCAGCGCCGAGAGCCGUCUUCCGCUCCGCGGCCCAUCAUGGAGACCCAUAA